AGAAAUAGGAAGGAAACUUGGAGAAAACUUUAUUUCCCCAUUUUGCUUGGAUUGAACAGUGGGAAGCCACCAUGGCCACAAUUUAGUCGAUGUGACCCGAUAAUAAUGGCCGUAGGGACUCCCAACUCUUGGAAAUUUCCAACCAGAGAACGACGCUAAACGAACAUAACCCCACAUAAAUGGUGAUGAGACAUAUCCAGGGGGAAAUGAAAAAAUAGCCACUCGCACAAACCCCUCCAUUCCAUCACUCUCACUCUCUCUUAAUAGCCAACUCCCACAUAACCUGCAACCAUUACUCUCUCUCUCUGUAAAAUCAUGGCUGCGAAAGAUGGGUCGAAGCUCGGCAUGAGAGCGAGACCGUGGACACUGGUUGCGCUUCUGCUGGGAGUGGCCGCUUCCGUUCUCAUGCUUGUUUGGAACAUACAUUUUCGCGGAGGGCUUGCUUUCAGAUCCGCCAACAAGCAACUCAUUUUCAAUAUACACCCUGUUCUGAUGUUUAUUGGGUUCAUUUUUGUGAGUGGCAAUGCAAUCGUGGCUUAUAAGAUGGUUCCAGGGUCGAAGAAGGGACAGAAAUCGAUUCAUAUGCUUCUGCAUCUUGUUGCUCUUGUUCUUGGUAUUACUGGAGUCUAUGCUGUGUUUAAGUUUCACAGGGAGUCAAAAAUCCAUGAUAUGUACUCUUUGCAUUCAUGGUUUGGCAUGGGCACCAUAUGCCUUUAUGGAUUGCAGUUUAUUUGGGGGUUCCUGUUCUUCUGGUUCCCUAAAGUGGGUACCAGUAGGAGAUCUAAAUUGGUGCCUUUGCAUUGGUUUAUUGGGCUCAUACUCUUCUUGAUGGCCACCUGCACUGCUGAAAUGGGGCUGCUCGAGAAAUUGACAUUUCUUGAGCUUUUCGGAGGACUCAAAGUUUAUGGCAGGGAAGCACUCUUGGUCAACUUCACAGGCAUUGCCAUCCUUUUAUUUGCUAUUGCAGUCACUCUCUGUGUUAUCCUUCCUUAACUUUCUCACCAUUCUCACAAAUCCACAGUGCUUUAUUUAUCAUUUUUCAUUCUACAGAGAGGGCUUCUGUAUUGUAUUUUGUAGAGACAGAAUGUGUGUAUAAAGAUACUUUUGAGUGUUUUUAUAAAGAGAUGUGUUGUUUUAUUGUAUAAUUAGUUUGUCUACUUCUCUGUCGAGAGAAAGAGAUGGUAAGAGGAUUCCUUUUUUUUUUA